AUGGUUUCCAAACAAAUGGCAUUAUCCCACACUUAUUUACUAUUGUUGCUUUUAGAUCCGCAUGCUCGUUUAAUUGUGGGCACCCUGACGGUGGAGAACAACGAGAACACAUAUAGCAUUCCGGCCUCCAUUUCGCUUUCCUCGACAUAUCCAUUUGGGGGCGAUGAUGCGGUUCCUGUGGUCCUUAAAGUGAUUCCCACCCCUUUGAUGAGCAUAAACCUGGAUUGCCCCUAUAUUUUCGAAAAUGGAGUGUUCAAAUACAGCCACCCAUUCCUUUGUGAAGGAGAAGAUGGCAAUCUGAUUAUCCAAGUUAUUUCAGAGGCUAUAGCUAAAUUUGCUGCUAUCCCGCCAGUGUUUGCUAUUGAUGAUAGCGGCCAACGUGAGCAAGUCGCUUUUGGAAAAGAAACAGACCUCUCGCCUGUGAGUAUUGAACAUGGUCUCUGUGUGGCUGAAGCAGACGAAAAAGAGGAAAAUCCUAUGCCGGAGAAAGAGGAAAAUCCUAUGCCGGAGAAAGAGGAAAAUCCUAUUCCGGAGAAAGAGGAAAAUCUUUCCUUUGAAGAAAUUUCUGGCUCCUCUUUUAAUUCAGAACAUAGAAUCAAAGGUAAUUUUUAUGCCCAGCUUAUGGCUGAGCCUCCAGACCUCGCUGCCAAAGACAUGGACUAUAGGAACAUUCCAAAUUCUUCAAUUGAUGAAGCCAUUAGACUCCUUUCAGAUAGAAUAUUUUCCAGAGAAGGUUGCAUUGAUGACCUCGUUAACGCAAGUUUAUCUUUUUUGACUCGAUCUAGGAGUUACUUGUUUGGACCAAAGCAAAGUUCUACACCACCCUUCGUUCCACUUGAGAUUGGAAUUUCUUUACACUCCAGCAAUAAAAUUUAA